CUUAAGAGAGAGAACAUACCCCCUUAAGGGCUGCUGCUCAGACGUACUGAAUGAUUAAGCAGCAGCAGCAUAAAGAGAGAGGCUGCAGCACUGACUCCGGGAAAGCUCUGCUGGUCUCAUCACUGCAGAAGCAGCAUCCUCAUCUUCCUCAUCCUCCUCCUCAUUCUCCUCCAUCCCCAGCGAGGCACAGGCGCAUCAUUAAGUGCACUGUAUUCAGAUAAGACUAUUCUGUCGGCUGGACGUGUUAUCCAGUCUAUUGCACAGCCAGUGCCGACCAUUCCCUCAUCACCUACAGCCACACGUUUCGCCAUUCCCUGACUGGUUCCCAUUAUGGCUGAUAUGAGCGAGUGCAGCAUCAAGGUCCUGUGCAGGUUUCGCCCCCUCAACCAGUCGGAGGUGCAGAGAGGAGACAAAUUCCUGCCCGUGUUCCAAGGAGGGGACACAGUGACCGUAGGGGGCAAGCCUUAUGUGUUUGAUCGGGUGUUUCCUCCAAAUACAACUCAGGAGCAAGUCUACCAUGCCUGCGCUAUGCAGAUUGUUAAAGAUGUGCUGGCUGGAUAUAAUGGGACCAUCUUUGCUUAUGGGCAGACCGCAUCUGGAAAGACCCACACCAUGGAGGGGAAGCUUCAUGACCCACAGUUGAUGGGAAUAAUUCCAAGGAUUACCAGGGAUAUCUUUAACCAUAUCUACUCCAUGGAUGAGAACCUGGAAUUUCAUAUUAAGGUUUCCUAUUUUGAAAUUUACCUGGAUAAAAUAAGAGACCUUCUUGAUGUAUCUAAAACCAAUCUCUCAGUUCACGAAGACAAAAACCGUGUUCCCUUUGUCAAGGGUUGCACUGAGCGCUUUGUGUCCAGCCCAGAGGAGAUCCUGGACGUCAUUGAUGAAGGGAAGUCAAACCGCCAUGUUGCAGUAACAAACAUGAAUGAGCACAGUUCCCGUAGCCACAGCAUCUUCCUCAUCAAUAUUAAGCAGGAGAAUGUGGAGACGGAGCAGAAGCUCAGUGGGAAGUUGUAUCUGGUUGAUCUGGCUGGAUGUGAAAAGGUCAGUAAGACUGGAGCUGAAGGAGCCGUUUUGGAUGAAGCCAAGAAUAUCAACAAAUCUCUGUCUGCUCUCGGAAAUGUGAUUUCUGCCCUGGCUGAAGGAUCGAAAGGUUAUGUGCCCUAUAGAGACAGCAAGAUGACUCGAAUUCUUCAGGACUCAUUGGGAGGAAACUGCAGGACAACAAUGUUCAUCUGCUGCUCUCCAUCCAGCUACAAUGAUGCAGAGACUAAGUCAACGUUGAUGUUUGGACAAAGGGCUAAGACGAUAAAGAACACUGCAUCUGUCAACCUGGAGCUGACUGCCGAGCAAUGGAAGAAGAAGUAUGAGAAGGAAAAGGAGAAGAACAAGACUCUGAAGGAGACUAUCCAGAAGCUGGAGGCUGAGCUCAGCCGCUGGAGGAAUGGGGAAAAUGUACCUGAAACAGAGCAACUGAGCGAUGGGGAGCAGAUUACCCAAGAUAUUACUGAUGAAACGCCUGACAAUGAUAAUUCAUCCAUAGUCAUUCGAAUCUCUGAGGAAGAAAGAAGGAAAUAUGAAGAGGAAAUCCGGAAAAUGUACAAGCAGCUGGAUGACAAGGAUGAUGAAAUCAAUCAGCAUAGUCAGCUAGCUGAAAAGCUCAAGCAACAGAUGUUGGACCAAGAUGAGCUCCUAAUUUCUACACGCGGUGACAAUGACAAGGUGCAGAUGGAGCUGAGUCGUCUGCAGUCAGAGAAUGACAGUGCCAAGGAAGAAGUCAAGGAAGUUCUUCAGGCACUGGAAGAGCUUGCUGUAAACUAUGAUCAGAAGUCUCAGGAGGUGGAAGAUAAGACCCUGCAGAACAAGAUUUUGGCAGAUGAGCUGUCACAGAAAGUUGCUAAUCUGAUGUCCCUGGAAAAUGAUUUGCAUCGCCUCCAGGAGUUUAGCUCACAUCAACGCAAACGAAUCGCUGAAGUGCUAAAUGGCCUCAUGAAGGACCUUAGUGAGUUCAGCGUCAUUGUGGGCAAUGGUGAAUUUAAGCUGCCGGUGGAGAUCAGCGGUGCAAUUGAAGAGGAGUUUACAGUGGCCCGCUUGUACAUCAGCAAGAUCAAAUCGGAGGUGAAAACUGUGGUUAAACGGUGCCGACAGUUAGAGAACCUUCAAGUGGAAUGUCAUCGCAAGAUGGAAGUUACAGGAAGGGAGCUUUCCUCUUGCCAGCUGCUCAUAUCUCAGCAUGAAGCAAAGAUCAGGUCCCUGACAGAGUACAUGCACAGCGUUGAGUUGAAGAAGCGGCAGCUGGAGGAGUCCUAUGAUUCUCUGAAUGAGGAGCUAGCUAAGAUGCAAGUGCAAGAAAAUGUGACUGAAGUGGCAAUAAAGGAUAAGGAGCAAGAUGCGAUGGAAGCGCAUGAAGUCAAGAAGGUCCUGGAGAUGCAGAUGGAGAGUCACCGAGAGGCCCAUCAUAAACAGCUGGCUCGUCUCAGGGAUGAAAUUAAUGAGAAACAGAAGAUCAUUGAUGAGCUGAAAGAUCUGAAUCAGAAGCUGCAGCUGGAGCUGGAAAAACUUAGGGCUGAUUAUGAGAAGCUGAAGAGCGAAGAACACGAGAAGAGCAAUAAGCUGCAGGAGCUGACAUUUCUGUAUGAGAAACAUGAACAAUCCAAGCAGGAUCUUAAAGGGUUGGAGGAGACAGUCGCCCGCGAACUCCAGACCCUCCACAACCUUCGGAAGCUUUUUGUUCAAGACGUCACAUCUCGAGUCAAGAAAAGUGCUGAAAUGGAACCCGAGGAUAGUGGGGGGAUACACUCACAGAAACAGAAGAUUUCCUUUCUUGAGAACAACCUGGAACAGCUUACAAAGGUUCACAAACAGCUGGAUGACAGGGUAUCAAAGCUGGUUCGUGACAAUGCAGAUCUUCGUUGUGAGCUUCCUAAACUGGAAAAACGUCUUCGGGCUACGGCUGAGAGAGUUAAGGCCCUGGAGGGUGCACUGAAGGAGGCAAAGGAGGGAGCUAUGAAAGACAAGAGGAGGUACCAACAAGAAGUUGAUCGUAUUAAGGAGGCUGUACGCUAUAAGAACACAGUUAGACGUGCACACACAGCACAGAUUGCAAAGCCCAUCCGGCCCGGACACUACCCUGCAUCCUCACCCACCAACCCAUAUGGCAUCCGGAAUUCCGACUCAAUUAGUUACACCAACAACCUCUUUCAGAACUACCAAAAUAUGUACAUGCGGGCAACCAGCCCAAGCAGUGAAACACUCUUUGUCAAUCCAUGUUCCAGCACACAGAGCAAUUCUUCCAGUGGCACCGUGCUUUCCUAUCAGAAGCUGAAUGUGGAUAAUGGAAAUGCUACAGAUAUCAAUGAUAACAGAAGCGAUUUGCCAUGUGGCUGUGAAGCUGAUGACCAGUCCAAGUUGUUCCCUCUUCAUCAGGAAACAGCAGCCAGCUAAUAACUCAAUCAAAAUAUAUCUCCCAUGACAUGCACUUUCAGUUUCCCAUGGGGCUGAAGCUUGUACCCAGCAUGCUGCAAGUUAGCUUUUUGUGGCCUCUGCUGCCAACUAUUACCUUCCCUGUAUAACUUGCUCAGUGUCUUUCUACUGUGCUCUGUUUAUGUACUGUAUACUAACAGCUGCUCAUGUUUAUUCUAUACCUUUGCAAUGCACUUGAUUAUGUAUCCACUUGUGUUUUAAACUCUAUCCUAUCAAAGUUACUUAUGGUAUAUCUGUCAAAUCCCACACCUUGUAUCAUUUACCUGGGGGCUAGUGAUGUAUCACAGUAACGGCGGAAUAGUAAGGGGUAUCAAAAUAAAGAAACAAUGAUAUUUCAGUGCAGUGUUUGUGACAUUAUAUUGACAUUUGUAAGUCGGAGGCAUAAAAUCCCUUACAGAAGGGAAGGUGGACAUGUGUAUCUGUCUUUACAGUGUACUUUCUUUAAAAAUAACAAUUUUUGUAUAUAUUCUCAUGUGGAUUAAAAAAAUCAAUUUCAAAAGCAACACUGUUAUAUGAAGAGAAUCUUCAAUGGAUGCCUAAGGAGAAUGCCUCUCAUAUGGCAGCUCCAUCACUCAUCACGUUAUUGUCAAUCCAAUACAAAGCAGCUGUAAAUAAGGAUAGGGUAUAUAUUUCCCACCAUGGCAACCUGUAGCUUUCCUCUAUACAGUACAUUAAAUAUUAAAACCCUAGUGUGCUUCUAUACAAAGGUAGGUUGGUAGGUAGGUAGACUAAUGCAAAAGAAAAAGCAUACAGAUGCAUGAUAUGUACAUACAUAAUUAUCUUACCUAGAAACUAGAAACACUGAUAAUGUGUUGUUUCUGUUAAAUGCAACCAACUCCUUUGUUGUUAACUGAUAUAACAGAUUCAGAAUCCAUCAUUCAGCUGGAAUUUUCACUUAUAAGUUCACUCUGUAGAAUGACGCUUAUUUCACUGAAUAUAUUAAAAUAGUGCUUUUGCUUGGGAAAUAUAAAGAAUCUUUUUCAGUGAAAUCUGUAGUAAAUAUCAAGCAAAGCCUAUUUAGUCAUGUGAAACCUAAAAAUAUCACCAAGCAAUGGUGGCUGCCGGGGAGUGGUCUGAGUGGGGGAAACACAAGCACUGUUAAGUGUAAUGAAAUCUGCUAUAGUCGCUGAAAUCCUGAUAUAAGAAAAACUUCUAUUUAUGGCAAAAUCGGAACAAUAAAGAAUCUUUUCAUUUUAUUAA